AGAUCCACCCCCGCUCCAUGUCUUCUCCAUACUCAGUGUACACUGUAGCGAGGCAUCUCCCUAGCUACAAUUCGGCACGUAUCAUACUGAAGAUAUGUUGAAUCGCAAAUGAAGGCUGUACCCGCGGGCGGACACAGGGUGCGAAGUCAAUUGACAACUGCGCUCUGGGGCCGAGCGCAGCGAUCCAGGAGGGCCUACGGAUCACCGCCUCCCCUAUUGGUUAGCUCAAGCUAUGCCUCGUCAUGGCCCGGGCUGUCCACCUAUGGAGUCGCCCCACCAUUAUAACCUCUCCGCCUCUUGGCAACGCAUCCAAGAUUUCUCUACUGUUCAGCCAUGGUUUCGGAACGAGUAUACAACCUCACCCAUUCCAACAAGACCCUCACCUCUGCACUCGCCGCGGAUCCCAAAGAGUCGCCUGGCGAGCUCGGCAAGAAGCUCUACGAGGAGCACCAUCAUGGCAUCCACAAACCAAACGCGACCGGUGGCAUCUUGGCCACUGUGAAGGGCAUGCUGAAGAGUGGGGCGACACCCGAGGAGGCCAAGGAGGUCACGGCGGAGGAUGAGCCGUCCCAGGAGGAUCUAGACAAAGCAGCGGAGUGUGGGCAGUUUGGUGCAAGGCCAAGUGAUUUGUUCUUGAAGAUCUACCACGACGUGCUCAAGACACUUGACGUUGACCCGUGGGCGGGCUACGUUUCUCCGCCAUUGGUCGGCUCUCGCGGUGUAGUCCCGCUCUCAAUUAUAUCCUACAUUCCCGACAUCAUCCAACACCACUAUGACUGCAUCAUCCGCGCCGAGCACGAGGUCUUCCUCGCGACGAACUUCUGGCAAGCGUCCAAGUCAGCGACGAAGAUCUGCGACGCGUUCAUCGAGCUCUCCAAGCGCGCGGAGAAGCGCGGCAAGAGAGUCGUCGUGAAGAUGAUGUACGACCGCGCGACCCUGAAAAUGAUAACGGAAAGCCACCUGUUCGUGGACGAGGCCGAGUGGACGUCGGACGCGGUGAAGAUCCCGAAGAAGGAGGAGAUGCCGUGGGUCGACUUCCAGCUCGUCAACUUCCACCAGCCGGUGCUCGGGACGUUCCACUGCAAGUUCAUGGUCGUCGACCGCAAGAUGGCACUCCUCUGCUCGAACAACAUCCAGGACCGUCCGAACAUGGAGAUGAUGUCCCACCUCGAGGGCCCGAUCGUCGACAGCCUCUACGACACCGCGCUCAUCUCGUGGUACAAGGCGAUGGAUCCGCCGCUCCCACUCCUCGGGCGCCCGUACCAGCCACCCGAGGGCGGGUACAGGUUCGGACUGGAGAACGAGUACGCGACGACGCAUAUACUGGAUGGGAGCAGGGGUGAGGAGAUUUUCAGGGCGACGAGGGAGAAGGGUGAACAGGCGAGGGACGAGGAUGAGGCGAAGACGAGUGAGGAGGCAAAGGGCGAUGGACGUGUCUUCAUCGCUGGCAAAUACCAGACGAUCACGGACCACAUAAACGCGGGCGACCAGACCACAAUGGCCACCACCGACCUUGACCCGUCCCGCGAGUACACCCCGCAUGUCCUGCAUGCACCCCACCAAGAGGUGCCCAUGGUCCUGAUGAACCGGCCGCCCUACGGCAAGCCCGGGAACGACGAGCGCGCGCUGCUGUGUCCGCAGGCGGCAGCGUGGCUCGCCGCGCUCAAGCACGCGCGCGAGAAGGUCUUCAUUCAGACGCCGACGUUCAGCGCGGCGCCGGUCAUCGACGCGGUGCUGGGCGCGGUGCGCCGCGGGAUCGAGGUCACGCUGUAUGUGGAUGUGGGGUUCAACGAUGGCGGCGAGGCGCUGCCGUUGCAGGGGGGCACGAACGAGGAGGUGGUCAGGGCCAUGUAUGCGAAGUUGGAAGAACAUGAGAAGGAGAGGCUGAAGUACUAUUGGUUUACCGCUCGCGAUCAGGGCAAGCCUAUCAAUGCACACCUCCAGCAGAGGAAUUGUCAUGUCAAGCUCAUGGUAGUUGAUGACGCUAUCGGCAUCAUGGGCAACGGAAACCAAGACGUUCAAUCCUGGUUCCACUCCGCGGAGGUGAACGUCAUGAUCGACAGCCACGACAUCUGCCGCGAGUGGCUCGACACCAUCGAGCGCGUCCAGAACACGCAUCUCCACCGCGUCGGCCACGAUGGCGUGUACCGCGACGCGCAAGGCGUCGAGCUGCAGGACUCGACGGGUGUGACGAAGGGCGUGAAGGGUGUAAUCAAGGGUAUCCAGGGCAGUAUUGCACGGGUGCGGGGAACAGGUGGUUUCUGAGAUUAUCGGCCGGAUGGGGGCACUGUGUACGAGGGUUUUACGGAUUGAAGAAUGUAGUGUACUGAUACCAUGUAGUGUAGUUGUAAACUGUACUCACCGUAAGCAUUUUGUUUGUUCGUCGAGA